GUAAUGCAUUAAUAUUUUAAAGCUGAAUGUGUUGAUGGUGAAGUCUUCAGGACAGAAGAGUUUACUCUUUGUAGUUUAUUAGUAACAUGACAGGAGGGGGUUUUAUUUAGUGGGUUUGUCACCUGAAGUUAAAAAUACAAAAGGGGGUGCUGUUGAGCAGCCAAUGAUGUAAGAUGUGUGAUUUGAGACUCCUGCAGAGUUUAUGGUAGAAAUUUAGAUUAUCUUUUCGAUAUAUUUACCCUUAGGAUAUUUUGUUAAAGCCUUUUUUCACCACUUGGACAUAUUAUCAUGGCUGGUAAAACAUCUAAAACCCGUGCCACCACAACCCAACAAUAGAGGCCUGCUACACAGGUAGCAACCCCAGACCCUGGGACUCCUUCUUCACCCCCCAGCGCCACCUCUUCUCCCAGGGAAGUCGCCCAGCUAUUUGAUGCGGAGUCCCUGAAGCGAGAAUUGCUAAGCUCGUUAAAGCAAUACAUUGCUGAGAUUUUUAAAACCGAACUUCGAGCAGCGCUGGUUGAUGAUUUGACCACAAUUAGAGAUGACCUACAGUCAGUAAAAACAUAGCUGGUGAAUGAUAAGGCUGCUUUAGAUGCAGAGUUGGCUGCACUUAGAGGUACAGUGGGAGAAAUGAAAACAAACUCGCACAUUUAACUGCAGAGUUUGUUUCGUUGCAUAAUAAGUGUGAGGAUCUCGAAUCUCGGUCAUGACGGAAUAACAUUAGAAUAGUCUGGAUUCCUGACGAUUAACACUACUGUUGUCUCUACACUGCUUAAAGAAGCUUUUAAACUGGAUGAAACACCACUGUUAGACCGAGCACAUAGAACCUCUCAUCCGAAGCCCAAACGCGGAAGUGAACGGUCAUUGCCAUGUUUCAUUAUUAUAGCAACUGUGAGAAUGUCCUACGGCGUGCAAGAGAUAGUCGACAGGAUGCUGUGGGAGAAAUAAAGAUGUCCGUUCUUUUGAUUGGUUCAUUUAGAGCAAUCACAAGACUCAUUAUAAAAGAUUUUGCAUAUUUAUUUCCCUAAAAUGUUUCUAUUUGUUUUUCACUAUAUCACAUUCAUUGGAGAAUGAAUGCACAUGCGCAGUUCACAGCUUGUAUAGGGGACGCUCAUACUGUAGCACCUGUGCGUGAAGAUCAGGCCACAACACGCGUGUUAUACGUGGUUUAAUAUUCAUAUUAAUCUAUCUGACGUUUAUAUGAUAAAGGAUGAGGAAGAUGAUGGCUGCAGUGUGUGUGUGUGUGACAUUUUGUGUCCUCGCGCCUGCUUUGGGAGGUGAACACUCUCUGUUUUACACCUACACGGCUCUGUCUAAACCUCUCAAGCUGCCUGGAAUCUAUGAGUUCACCGCACUGGGCAUGCUCGAUGACCGAGAACUCGACUACUACAGCAGUGAGACUCAGGUUAAGGUUCCUAAACAGGACUGGAUGAAGGAGAAGAUGGAAAAGGAUUACUGGGAUAAAGGAACUCAGUCCCGUAAGAGCAAAGAGCAGUGGUUUAAGGUCAACGUGGACAUCCUGAUGGAGCGAAUGAGACACAAUAAGUCUGACCUUCAUGUUCUUCAGUGGAGACAUGGCUGUGUGGUUGAAGGUGAAAACGGAAAUAGUAAAUAUGUGAGAGGAAUUGAUGAGUACAGCUACGACGGCACUGAGUUCCUCUCGUUUGAUGAUGAAAACUCGAGGUGGAUCGCUCCAGUUCAGGCUGCUGAGCCGACCAAAAGGAAAUGGGAUGACGUGUCCAUCCUUAACACGUACACCAAGAGCUACCUGGAGAAAGAGUGUGUGGACUGGCUCACCAAGUUCAUGGACUAUGGACAAGAUGAAUUGAGUAAAUUUUCUCCCCCAGAGGUGCAUCUACUUACAAAGAGAUCAGUGACUGACAGCAAAAAGCUGACCUUGACCUGCCUGGCCACAGGUUUCUACCCUCCAGAUGUGGAGAUGCGGGUAAGAAAGUCCACAACUUCCCUGCCUGAACAUCUGGUAGUAUCUUCAGGAGUCAGACCCAAUGGUGAUGGCACAUACCAGCUGAGGAAGAGUGUGGAGAUCCUGGAGGAUGAAAAACCACUGUACACUUGUUAUGUGAACCACAUCACUCUGAAGAAUCCUAUAAUUGUAGGUGAAGGACAUGAUUGCUUUGACUGCUCCGUAGCUUCGAGUGUUAGCAUUGGAGCAGUGAUUGGAGUUCUGUUGGUGCUGGUUGGGGUUGCUUGUGUCAUCUAUAUUCUUUAUUCCAAGAAAUAUAUUGCUUUCUUGAACAUAACAACAAAUGAACAACAAGCUGUGAAUAGAAAUGUGGCAUAUGUUCCAGCUCCUGCAGCUGAUCUGGAAGCGAAUGGACAUGCGAAUGGACAUGCGAAUGGACAUGCGAAAGAAUGUGGGAAUGGACACAAGAAUGGCAUCAACUAAGCACCAUGAAGACAAGGAUCUCAAGAACCAAAUGACCACGAAAAAGUUUUUACCCUCAUGUUGUCUUUUACAUUUUAAAUUUAAUGUGGUAACAGAAUUGGGUACGAAUUUCAAUGUUCAUGCUUUUAAAAACAGUUGACAAACCUACAUGUUUAGUAGGAAGACAUCUAACCACAGCAGUGUUGUGCUAGGUACUAAGAAAAAGUAACUAGUUACAGUUACUAGUUACUUCAUUCAAAAAGUAACUCAAUUACUUUGAUAACUUACACUAAAAAGUAAUGCAUUACUGUUAAAAAUAACUUUUUAGUUACUUUUUUAAAGAAAUAAUGAGCAUAUUUCCACUAGGAGAAACUCGUCUCACUCUUGGCUCAAAUCGCCGUUACUGCUGAAAAUACUUGAAUAAACGGAAACACACCUACAGUGCGGCAUCUUCGUGUUUGCAGGUUGGCAUCCACCAAUCCUACAAUGCGUCGCUGCUGUAAACGGGUUAGGCUGUAGGCUACACUUCAGCCUAAAUGAAUUAAUUAAAAAAAGUAACGGACAAACGCACCGUAUGGUAACGCUAACAGAGUUACUUUAUUUAAAAAUUAAUGCCUUAGAGUAUUAGUUAAAAGUUAAAAGUUAAAUGCGUUACAGUAACGAGUUACUGCCCAACACUGAACCACAGAUGAUCAGCAGCUAAAGGAUUCUGCAUACACGAGUCUGGAGGUGUGAGCAAACGUGCUAAAAACCAAGCCCAGCUGAUCAUUAUUUGGAGUUAAUCAGAAUAACUUCAGUAAUGGAAAACAUAUUAUAAUGACUUUUAUCCAUUAGUUUGUGUGAUUGGUUCACAAGACUCAUUAUAAAAGAUUUUGCAUAUUUAUUUCCCUAAAAUGUUUCUAUUUGUUUUUCACUAUAUCACAUUCAUUAGGGAAAAAGAUCUACCAUGAUUUAUAGAAUCAUGAAAUUCACAGGAACAUUUUACAUAUUUACAUUUACAUUCAGUGUUGUGCUAAUUAAUAAGAAAUAGUUACUAGUUACUUGAUUCAAAAAGUAACUCAAUUACUUUGUUGACUACUUACACCUAAAAGUAAUGCAUUACUGUUAAAAAUAACUUUUUAGUUACUUUUUUAAAGAACCCAUUAAUGCCAUUUAUGCAUUAAGGCAGGGGUGUCAAACUCAUUUUGGGCUGGGGGCCACAUACAGCUUAAUCUGAUCUCAGGGGGCCACAUACAGCUUAAUCUGAUCUCAAGGGGCCAGACCAGUAAACUCAUAGCAAAAUUACAUGGAACUAACAAUAACUCCACUUUUUUUCUUUGUAUUAGUGCAAAGAAGAAGUAAAUUAUAAAAAUCUUUAUAUUAAAUGAAUUUUCCUUUUACAAAAAUAUAUUAUGGACAACCUCAGUAGUGUGUGCAAACACUUUUAUGCAGUUUAACAUUUAUUUAAGUUUAUUAUGCAUAAAAACUGAACACAGUUAUGGUAUAAUGGAAUGGCGCAAAACAUUUAGUCACAGGUUUGUGGAACUUAAACACUGUCCUACAUGUUAAGAUAAAUCAAACAUCAAAAUAUAGAAACUGUUUAGAAUCCAAUUUCCAAUUCCAGGAAGCAAUUCUGAAUACAUGAAUUGACCCCACACACUUAAAAUCUUAAGUGGCAGCUGUUUUAAAAAGAAAAUCUUUGUAAAAAUUGUUAAUUCUGUCUCGAGUUCGCUAAAGACCUAAAAUUUUACAUCACACUGCAAAUCAAUUAUUAUGCUGGCUUUGUAGAAGUCAACAUUCUGAUUUCCAUUAUAAGCUUAUUAUUAUUAGGGGUCAAUCCCCGAAGGGGCGUAGACACCUAAUGUUAUUGUCGGUUUUCUUAUUCUUAUUAUUCUUAUUCUUCUUAUUAUUAUUUUUCUUAGCAGACUUUUUUAGACUAAAAUGCGGCCUAGGGCUUUCGAGCUACAUGUACCAAAUUUGGCUGUCGUAGACCCUGGUCUGAAGUUUGUUGCUCCUAUUUUUCUAAGCGAUCGGAAUUCCGGCAUUCCCAGUACGGAAGCUCAAAGUGGCCUUUUUUUUCCCAUAGACUUCCAUUAUAAACUUGAGGUUUAUUACUUAAUGACUGAGGGAAUCAGGCUUCUUCCAAAGCGGGCCCUUCUGCACCUCAGAGCCCUGUACCUGCGCCCUGAGGGCAGUGGGGCUAGAUACUCAUUUAGUGGAUGUGUGGAAUCCCGUUCUAUUGAAAUGGCAAAGCGUCCGAUAGCUGUGUUAUUGAGUUCUAUAAGGUUGGGUGUAGGAAGACCUAUAACUUUUGCAGCAAUAUUGGACACCUUUGUGAGUUUGACCAUAUUUUUAACAGAAAGCAUGCCGAAAAAACAAGUUGAACAAUACAGUAAAAUUGACUGAAUAAUGCUUUGAUAAAGUAGUAAUAGUAAACGAAGACUGACAUUAAGUCCUUUGAGUUUGGCUUUUUUUAUUUAUUGUUAUUUAUUGGAACAUUUUAACAGCACUUUUUUUAUUUCAGAGAGUAUUGUUUUUAGUUAUUUUGUUUCACAUUUAAAUAUUAUAUUCAAGUUUUUGGUACUUAAAAAUUGUAUGGUUCAAGGUUCUUUAUGCACUAUGUAUGUGUAUGCUCCUGAAAUAAAAAUUCAGAAAGA